CCUGCCCCGCCCCGAGUGGGAGUUCCUUUGGGAGAAGCAAUCUUCCGGGUGUAGGGGUAAGCGGCAUGACUGGAGUGGAAAAUUUUCCCCAACACAACCUCGCAGCUGGAGCAUAUCGAAAGACGUUUAAGGGAACAGGAGCACCAGCUGGGAUGACUGAAUGAGACGCCUCCUUUUCCUCCAGACUUUCUAGCCACUCGACAGAACGCCAGCCUCAGUUACUUUUCCCACCCUCGGUCUUGGUACGGUCCGUAGAGUACGGAGCCUGCCGAGGGUCCCACGCUGGAAGAGCGAGAGGAGGAGUCGGAGGAGACGUUAGAGGUCACCACGGCCGCCGUCCCCCGUGCAGCCUCUCUGACAAGUGCUUUUUCAGGAUCAUACUUAAGGAUUCAUAGCUGUCGUUUGAAGAACUGAAAGUCCAUGUGAAUUAUUUUAUCAUACAUCCUUCCUGUGUGAAACGAAGAGACGUGUCCGGGAUCCGGGAUGUUUGACGGUUAUGACAGCUGCAGUGAGGACACAAGUAGCAGCUCCAGCUCUGAGGAGAGUGAAGAAGAAGUUGCUCCUUUACCUUCUAAUCUCCCCAUUAUCAAAAACAAUGGGCAAGUCUACACUUACCCAGAUGGGAAAUCUGGCAUGGCUACCUGCGAGAUGUGUGGGAUGGUUGGCGUGCGAGAUGCCUUUUACUCUAAAACAAAGCGUUUCUGUAGCGUUUCGUGUUCAAGAAGUUAUUCGUCAAACUCCAAGAAGGCAAGCAUUUUGGCCAGACUUCAGGUAACGGGUAAGCCUCCAACAAAGAAAGCAAAAGUUCUUCAGAAACAACCUUUAGUUGCUAAACUAGCCGCAUAUGCUCAAUAUCAAGCUACCUUGCAAAAUCAAGCAAAGACGAAAGCAGCAGUCUCCAUGGAAGGUUUCAGCUGGGGUAACUACAUCAAUAGCAAUAGCUUUAUAGCAGCUCCAGUUACGUGUUUCAAACAUGCACCUAUGGGAACCUGCUGGGGUGAUAUCUCAGAAAAUGUGAGAGUAGAAGUUCCCAAUACAGACUGCAGCCUACCUACCAAAGUCUUCUGGAUUGCUGGAAUUGUAAAAUUAGCAGGUUAUAAUGCGCUUUUAAGAUAUGAAGGAUUUGAAAAUGACUCGGGUCUGGACUUCUGGUGCAAUAUAUGUGGUUCUGAUAUACAUCCAGUUGGUUGGUGUGCGGCCAGUGGAAAACCUCUUGUUCCCCCUAGAACUAUUCAACAUAAGUAUACAAACUGGAAAGCUUUUCUAGUGAAAAGACUGACUGGUGCCAAAACCCUUCCUCCUGACUUCUCACAAAAGGUUUCAGAGAGUAUGCAAUAUCCUUUCAAACCUUGCAUGAGAGUAGAAGUGGUUGACAAGAGGCAUUUGUGUCGAACGCGAGUGGCAGUAGUGGAAAGUGUAAUUGGCGGAAGAUUAAGGCUUGUGUAUGAAGAGAGUGAAGACAGAACAGAUGACUUCUGGUGCCACAUGCACAGCCCAUUGAUCCAUCAUAUCGGUUGGUCUCGAAGCAUAGGCCAUCGAUUCAAAAGAUCUGAUAUUACAAAGAAACAGGAUGGACAUUUUGAUACACCACCACAUUUAUUUGCUAAGGUAAAAGAAGUAGACCUGAGUGGGGAAUGGUUCAAAGAAGGAAUGAAAUUGGAAGCUAUAGACCCAUUAAAUCUUUCUACAAUAUGUGUUGCGACCAUUAGAAAGGUGCUGGCUGAUGGAUUCCUCAUGAUUGGGAUUGAUGGCUCAGAAGCAGCGGAUGGCUCUGACUGGUUCUGUUACCAUGCGACAUCUCCUUCGAUUUUCCCUGUCGGUUUCUGUGAAAUUAAUAUGAUUGAACUUACUCCACCCAGAGGUUACACAAAACUUCCUUUUAAAUGGUUUGACUACCUCAGGGAAACUGGCUCCAUUGCAGCACCAGUAAAACUAUUUAAUAAGGAUGUUCCAAACCACGGAUUUCGUGUAGGAAUGAAAUUAGAAGCAGUAGACCUCAUGGAGCCACGUUUAAUAUGUGUAGCCACAGUAACUCGGAUUAUUCAUCGUCUCUUGAGGAUACAUUUUGAUGGAUGGGAAGAAGAGUAUGAUCAGUGGGUAGACUGUGAGUCCCCUGACCUCUAUCCUGUAGGGUGGUGUCAAUUAACUGGAUAUCAGCUACAGCCUCCAGCAUCACAGUCUUCAAGAGAAAGCCAGUCAGCUUCAUCAAAACAGAAGAAAAAGGCUAAGUCCCAGCAAUACAAAGGACAUAAGAAAAGUGGGUCACCACAUGUGACUACAUUGCAGCUAAAGGAGGAGUUGCUAGAUGGAGAAGAUUAUCAUUUCCUUCAAGGAGCCUCUGAUCAGGAAAGCAAUGGCUCUGCCAACUUCUACAUCAAACAAGAGCCAUGACGUGGCUCAGAGACUGAGGGUGGGAGGGGAAGAGUUUUACACAGGACUGAUUUGUAAUCAAUCCAGCUGUACAGCGGGACUAUUCUACUGGGACAUUUUGCUAAAUAUAGAAAAUUUCAGUUCCAGAUUUUUCAGGUGGGUGGGGAAACUAUUUUAGUCGGGGAGGGAAAUUUUUCAAUUUAUAAAGAUGGACACUUUUUGUGUUGUAUUUGAAGCUUUUGAAAGAAUUUUGUAAUAUUUUCCAAGUUUGGAUUUAUGUGCAUUGUUAACAAGAACUGAAAUUCUAACUUUUUUGGUAAGAUUAAAGUUUAGGUAGCAGGAUUGAAGGAAAUGAUUUAAGAAGGAUAUAGUUGUAAAUGCAAAUGAACUGUCAUUACAAAUGAACCUUUUUGGUACCUGUUGGGAGAUUUUGGGAUGUUAGAAGUUAGGCCAGUCACAUCUCCAGCUUCCUUUGCUGCAGAAAUAUGCAACUGAGCCCUUCACAGAGGGCUCAUCACCACAUAGAUCAUGGAAGCGGUAAUUCUGCUUGUUGGCAUUUUAUUGCAGCCCAUUUUAAAUGUUUGUACAGAAAUGUUUUUCAUUCUGUGAAAUUUAUUUGGAGUUCUGAAUGAAACUGGAAGAACUCUGGAUACUUUUAUAUGUUCUCUUUUAUGUAAAAAAAACAAAAACAAAAAAAAAAAACUAAAAUUAUCCUAACACUAGAGUGUUAAACUGGAAUGGUUGACAAGAUAUACAGGAUCUCAGUCUACAAAUUGAGGGGUUGGGGAAAUGCAAUAUUGUCGUAAGUUCAUUUUAUUUUCCUUAUUGAAAAAUACCCCACAAGCGGGAUUCUGCUCAGUUCUCUGCCAUUUCCCUCCAUCUGUGAGAUAACAACUUAGUAUAACCACACCCCGAAACAGAUGUUCUGUGUUACCAGAAGAACCAAAGUAAAAGUAAUUCAAAGUCAGAAUAAGUUGAGAUUUCAAAAUCAUUCCAGCUCCACUGUUAACUAUCCUGGAUUCGUUAGAGAACAAUCUGAAAGAGAAUCUAAGUUUCAUAAAAUUCCAGAUGUAAUAUGAAUUGUCUUUAAUUGUAUUCAGAACUUAUUUUAACAGUGACUUACUUGGACCAUUUUGAACAUUCCCUAUUUUUAAAUUCAUAUGGCUUCCUUUAAACAAAAGGAUACAAGGGUAAAUUGGUGAAAGGUUUGCUCUCUGCGUUUUCUAACUUCUGCCGAGUUGUGACUGAAUGAGAGAGCUCUAGCGUUUACCAGUGAGGUUCAUAAACUAAACUCUCAGGAAUUAAUGCAUCUGUUCUACAAGUGCUUCUGGGUCUUAGCCUGGCCUCUUCAGAGCAGUAGUAUUGACCAUCUCCUCUGGAAUAUAGGUGGGGCUGGUUAGAAAUUAAUCAAAAUGAUUAACCUCUGCAGCCCUUCAGCCUAUGGAAUGCUUUAAAACAAUGUUAAUGGAAAGCCCCAGGAGACCGUUUUAGGUAAGAUUUUUGUUUCGAAUUUUAAAAUGCAUAGAACGUUAAAAACCAGCAAUUUAUUUUCUAAAAUAUUGCUCUACUUUUGGGAAUAAUAGCAUUGGUAAUACGCACAGGUUUACCUCAUUCUAUGCAAGAGGGGUUAAUAACAUAAGGUUUUGUAGUAGCUACUGGAAGUAAAAUGUGUUACUUUAUAGUGUAAGAAUGUGUGGAAUCACAUGUCACCAUUUCUUAAUAUUGACUCUUUGGGGGGCGUAAGUGUAGAUCACAUCAGCACAGGUUGAGUCUCAUGUGUCAAAUAUAUGUGAAUUCAGCUGUUAACUUCCUGGAUGUUUAUCUUAAACAACAUUGCUGAGAGGGACCUACUGUAAAUGUGAUAUGCUCACACUUGGUCAAUCUUUCCAUCUUUGCACAAACUCAAAGCCUACAAGAGUUCCAGAGUGUGGCUUACAGCAGUCUUUGCUCUCAGACUUAGUGAAUUAAGCCCAGGAUUCUGAUUCCAUGAUACGGGUGCAAGAAACCUGUUGGGUCGUGUACUCUACCAGUACCUUGGGAUUAGGGCCUCUUUGGGACUGAAUGAACCAGGAGGGUUAUGAUUUGGAGCCAGUCAGGCCUAGUAAUUCUGUGAAAUGCUCACUUGUAGCCCGGUUAUAGAAGCUUCCAAUUCUGCAGCAAAACCAGGCUGCUUGAGCGUUCAAGUUUUCCACCUAUUCAUGAAGUGUUCUUUUCUUGAUCCAUGACCAACAGCUAGAGGUUGGUAAGGACUUGUAUGGUCUCAAACAAUCUGUAGCCCUCUUCAUCGUGCAGACCCUUAACUCCUGCUGCCACUGGACAGAAACUAAGUUCACACAGAGGAGAUUCUGUCUUAGCCACGACUCCAGCUGUACAACUCACAGCCCCGCUCUCUUACAGCUCAAAAUGUACUGCUGACCUGGGGUUUCUUUUUGUUUUUGUUUCUGUUUCUGUUUGCUGUUAGUAUGAUUUGGGGACUCUUGGUAGUUUAAACCUUAAACCUUUUCCUUGCUGUGUAUGAGGAAAGCUAAAGCUGUUAUCAACUUCUUCUACGGAUACUAACACGGGUUUUCAGUGUUUGUUUGUUUUUAUUAUUAUUAAUUUUGCGUGAUGUGAAUACCCUCUCCCAUCAAUAUUUGUAUUAUGGUGCUAUAUAUUUGGUAAUGAUCCUUUAAUAUUGGGAAGGGAUUUUAAAAAUACUGUGAUUAAACUGGGUUUCUUCCUUUGAUUUUCGUAUUUUAAAUAAAGCCACAGUCAUUUAUACAAAAGAAAAGCAUCUGUCCCUGGGCAACUCUUUUGAGGACAGAGGUCAAAGUAAACUGCAUAAGGUUUUUACAUCAUUUCUGUAUGUAUUUGAUAUAUAGAUCAAUAUCUGUAUAAAUUUAAUCUUUUAUUUUCUGGUAACUUGUGAUCAUUGAGAGAGUGUUUGAAACUUUCUCAUGAAAUGUAUAUAUAAUGGCGUGAAAAAUUCCUUCCGGGAAAUUUAUGUUUUCUUUCAUUUUUACCAAAUUGCAAAUUUUCAGCAUGGAUGUGAAAAGCAUUAAAAUUAUAACUUUGUGUACAAGAUGAAAAUAAUUCACUAAAUUUGCCCUUUUUUACACAAAAUAAAAUGUUAAAGUUAAGCGA